AUGCCUUCUCAAGAACAAAUUCCAAUUUCCUCCGCUCUUGAUGAAGACAUAGCCUCUUCUUCUGCAAUUGAGGAAGUCGAAGGAAUGGACGAUGAAUUGAGACCAACUUUGUUAAAAAGAUCCUCCUCUUUGUUUUCAUUGUCCCAGGGUCCUCCUUUACCGCCUCCAAAUGAGAGUGAUUACAUUGGUUUCUUCAAUGACACUAGACAUUUCAACAUGAUCAGAUCAUUACACUUGGCUGACUUCAUCACCUGUUUAAACGGUUUCUCUGGUUUCUACUCAAUCAUCUCCUGUCUUAGAUUCACCCUCACCAACAAGCCACAUUACGUUCAAAGAGCCCAUUUUUUCAUCUUGUUGGGGCUUUUCUUUGACUUCUUUGAUGGUAGAGUCGCAAGAUUAAGAAACAGAUCUUCUCUUAUGGGACAGGAAUUGGAUUCAUUGGCUGAUUUGAUCAGUUUUUGUGUGGCUCCAGCCUCAAUUGCUUUCAGUCUUGGUAUCCAAACAACCGUCGACGUUCUUCUAUUAACCUUCUUCGUGCUUUGUGGCUUAACUAGAUUAGCAAGAUUUAACGUCACCGUUAACAAUAUUCCAAAAGACAAGGGAGGCAAAUCUAAAUACUUUGAAGGUUUACCAGUCCCAACCAGUUUGGCUUUAGUUGGUUUAAUGGCCUACUUGGUUUAUAAGGGCCAAUAUGAAUCAGAAUUAGGAUUGCCUUUUGGAACUUGGUUAACAGGAAGCUUCUUUGAAUUCCACCCUUUUUCUUGCUUGUUCUUUUUUCAUGGCUGUAUGAUGAUUUCUAAAAGUUUGCACGUCCCUAAGCCUUGA